UUUUUCUGUGCCGGAUUCUUAUAAUUAGCAGUGAAGGGUGGGGUUGUGACUGCUGUGAGUUCUGCAGUGUGCAUCAUGACGCAUUGAGAUGCUGAUGUUACUACGGAUACAGGAGGUGUCUCUCAGUGGUAGUCAAGGCUGGGACUCUCAGUAAGGAUCAGGUGGAGGGCAAGCACAGCUGCAGAAGCAAGGGGCUCACGAGUAAACAAAAGUUGGUUAACUGUCAGAGAUCAACAGAACGAGGUAAUGGCUUCAGUAUCCCAACUUGAGAGAGAUAUGAUGGCUAAAGCUCAACGGCAAUAUCCCCAAUGUCAGGAUCCUGUGGAGAAGCUGAGGCUGCAGUGUCUAGCAAGGGGAGCAUCUGGGAUAAAAGGCCUGGGCAGAGCUUUUCGAAUCAUGGAUGAUAACAGGAGCAGUACUUUAGAUCUUGAAGAAUUUUCCAAGGGUCUUCAAAAUUUUGGCAUUUCACUGCAGCCUUCAGAGGUUCUGGACAUUUUCCAUCAGUUUGACACAAAUGGAAAUGGCACUAUAAAUUUUGAUGAAUUCCUGAACUCAAUUAGGCCACCAAUGUCAAAUGCCCGUAGACAGGUCAUACUGGAUGCCUUUAAAAAAAUGGACCGGACUGGGGAUGGUGUCAUAACAAUUGAAGAUCUUAAGGGUGUUUACAACCCCAAAUUUCACCAGAAAUACCGUAAUGGAGAGUGGAAUGAAAGGCAGGUUUUCCAGAAUUUCUUGGACAACUUUGAUUCUCCCAAUAACAAAGAUGGACAGGUGACAGAAGAGGAAUUCCUGAAUUACUACAGCGGAGUGAGCGCAUCCAUAGACAGUGAUGCUUACUUUGUGGUUAUGAUGAAGAACGAGUGGAAGAUUUAGGACCCGUUAAAGAAUCCUCCAAAAAUGAGUCUAUUAGUUUUACUUUGUUUUCCCUUAAGGUGUGUGUACAAAGCAUGGCUUAGAUACAUGAGUUAUAGUUCUUGUCUGAAUAUAGUCACACAACACUAUUUUUCUUUAUAUAUCAAUUGCAAAAGCAAUUAGUUUUGAUGACCUACUUUCAAUUUAGAGAAAUAGGAUACAUUCACAAUAACAUUUGUACACGUUUCAUAGCAAAAUGAUACCAAACAGCUACAUUAUAUAAUCACUUGAUGCACGCUGGUAUGAAUAGCUGGGCAUCAUGUUCAAGUUUUUCAAAGCAACAUUUUAAUUUACUUAAACAACAUUUGGUGUAACAUACACGUUUAUUGUUUUAUGAUGCCACAUCCAUUUUUUUACAUUCCUUGCUAAAUAAUUUGCCAUCUACCUCAACCAUAAGUUGUUUCACUAGUGACUCAAUACCUGUAAAGGGGGCAGGACUAAAAAUAAAAUGGGAAAGAGCCACCAAAGUGCUUUAUAUAAUUACAGAAAGAAUUGGUUAAUUUGUAAGCUCUUUAGGGGCAGGCAACUGGUGUGAAUAUUGUAUAUUGCCAGCGCUCUGUAAGGGUCAUGGCUAUGAAUACUUGAUCUUCACUAAACUGAGAUAGAUUAUAAAUCCCGUCUUUAAUAUUGCUAAGUGCAAUUAAAUAACCUCUGCCUUCAGGUCAUUUAAAGGGGACCCGUCACCCAAACAAAUUAUUCCAAAUCCUAUUUUAUCAUGUUAGUCAAGCAAAAUAAAC